GGAUGAUAUACCCUUCGCGUCUCAUUUCUGGACACUUCGUUUCAUCCAUACAAUUGGAAAUACGGGUCGUUGCACGGACAGAUUAUGAAAAAAUCCUGAAAUUACGCACAGUGCGAUUUGCUUUUAUUAACCAGAGAAUAAGAACAUUUCAAACGUUAUUCGUAAUCGGGAGCUCAUUUUCUGCGGUCUGACUGGUGGCGCGCAUACCUUUUGGUGCAAAAUCGUGGUGAUUAUGAAUAAUUAGAAAUAACGGACUUGUAUUAUUCGUUGCUGGACAGACAGUUUAAGGACAUACAGUUUUAAUGUCUGUCCAAUAUUCUCCAUCGCGAUGGAUGGGGAAACUAUCCUGCCUCAUUAGCUUUUACAGCACUUGUAUGAAACCAUUCAACUUAUUUGCUGGACCCAAUUAAUUGGACACCUCAUCAUUAUUGAAAUCUGCCUGCUGAACGACAAAAAGAGGCAAACAUGGUUUCCAAACAAGUUAUACCCUAUUUAUAAACCCAACAUUCAACGUUCAUAAAAACAUUAACUAUUUGCGUUGUAUAUCAUGCGCCUCUGCACUGACAAAUUAUCAGUCGAAACGAUUAGCCCACUGAAAUAAUAUGAAGAGCAGGCGAGCUAGGCUAUUUCUUAUUAUAGGCUAACAAUCUUUCACUGUCUGUUAGCGAGGCGAACACGUGAAUCCACUUUUUGAAGAGCGCAAGGUUCUUGCAAUGAAAUGCUAUUGCGAUUCAUUGCAAAUUCACCUCAAGGCUCUCUAAACUUUCAUUACAACAUAAUAUCCUUUAAUUAUUCUAAUACGAACCCAACUCCUCUGUAACAUUUGGAUAUUGCUCCAAUUCAAUUUCCUGACCAUGGCGGUAAUUGGAAAAAGUCUGCGGCAAUUAUCGAGUGUUGCGUCCGGACAUAUUGCACUUCGAGCAUCGCUCACCUUACUUCUCCUCUCCUGGCCUUGCCCGUCCCUAGGCAAGAAGAAACUCUACAUCGGAGCUCUCUUCCCAAUGAGCGGCGGUUGGCCGGGCGGCCAAGCAUGUCUCCCCUCUGCGCAGAUGGCUUUGGAUCUGGUGAACAACCGAACGGAUAUUCUGCCGGAUUACGAACUGGAGCUGAUAUACUAUGACAGUAUGGUGAGUAGAUGUUGGAUCAAAUAGAUCAAUUGUUGUGUUUAAAAAGUGAAAGUCGCAGAGGAGAAUACAACUGUAUCUUGUUUUUUUACAAGUCUCUAGACCAGUUGAAAUUAAAUUAGACCAGUUUGUCUUCAUGAUAUAUGAAAUACAUGAACACUUCAUUUCUAUUUCAGUUAACAGCCUUUCUUCUUUACAUAUGUCUAUACAUUGUUAAAACUUGCCAACAUGAUAUUGAUUUCCUGCAGGCAUACUCUUUUUUAUUUAUUGCCCUUGUAGCAGGUGGGUGCAAUAAUCUAACAACUCAGCAGCAUACUUAUUUAAUAGUGUCAAGGGAGUUGUGUGCCAAAAUCCAUAUUAUAUUACCCCUUUUAGAAUUGUAGCACAGUUGCCCAUUUAAUUAAAAAAACAGUAAACAUGUCAUCAGUAAACAUGUCAUCCCCCACAAACGAUGCAGCACCCCCCCUCGGGCCAAUUGAGAUAUCACACGCAACUAACGCAUUUCAGUUAAUUACUAUAGCUCCCGCUUUAGGCCAAUCAGUGUAAUUUUGUCAAUGCCGGAUCUCAAUGGCAAUUGACCCAAAUGUCGUCGAAAUCGCAUGUGGCUAAAGUACGAACUAACAUACUUAUGGAAGGAGACCGAUCCACAGUCCCCUCACCGAUUUCAUGGUGGUGGACGAUAAACUAAACUAAUGCCAAGUCAGACACUGAUAUUGGCUUGCUGAAAUUCAGCACCAAGGACAGCGUCAGUGCUGGUAUAGGAAAAGUGAACUUUCGCAAUGAAACUGGACUACCACUACGCAUCAGCUGGCUGCUAGGAGGUGAUGUGUCUUAACAAUAAAAAAGACCAAUGUCUAUAUGUCAUACAAAGCACAGGGGACAUUUCUUCAGUGGACAGAAUGCAACUGCAGAGGUCUCCUUGGGAUAAAAUGUGACAUAUAGCUGACUAUCACUGACCGUCACUGUCCGAUUUGACCACUAGCUGACCACCAAGCUCCAAUUACUAACCAGGAAAUGAUAGCGUCAAAUAUUUGUGUUAUUAAAUGAACGAAACACCCGCUGCUUGUCUGUCAUCAAUCAUUCAUCAUAUAGGCAUUUUCAAAUGUCAGCACUAUUCACUGGCUACACAUCUAUAUGUUUCCCACUGUUUCUGCCCUAGUUAUUGCCUCCUACUUCGUCAUUAGCUUUAACACACAGCCAUCCUCCCCACUGGGUUUCCAUACCAAUCAUACUGCAGGACAGAUGCCUCCACUACACCCGGGCAUACAGCACACAGGCAUGAGACAGUUAACUGUGCUGUGACUGGUUAGGGAGCGGUACUCGCUUUGUUCUGAUUGGUGUAAAAGGCUCUGCAUUGGAAUCCCAUUGUAAAGAAUAGGGAAGAGGGGAGAGGAGAGGAACGUUGUCAUGGCAACACAGUUAGCAUUGAAACAAACAAGCUAAAUAUUUUUCACCUUUCAAUUAGAUAAGACUAUGGAUGAAUAGAUAUGGAAGAUUUAUCCAUGUUGAGAUUCAGGGUUUGAAAUUCAUUUACAGAACAUGAAGUUAGGCUGUGGACAUAUCAAAUAUACUGACUGUGUCACGGAUUCAGCCGAGGCUGCCCCUCCUCCUUGCUCGGGCAGGCUUCGGCGUUCGUCGUCACCGGAGUACUAGCUGCUACCGAUCCAUGUAUCUAUGUUCAACUUGUUUUGUCUUGAUUGGUCACACCUGUUUCCCAUUAUGUAGUUAUGUCUUCCCUAUUUAACCCUCUGUCUCACACUGUGUGUUGUGUGUGUUUGUUCAAGUUUUGGUUGUCGUUAGUGUGCGGGUUUGUUCCCUCCCUGCGUGGAGGUUGUUGUUCGUUCUUUUACCUUCGACUAAAGUACGCCUUUUGAUUAGCUCUGUGUCCUGCGCCUGACUUCGCCUACCGCAUUACACUGACGCCUUGACAGCUUUGUGAAUCAAUGGUACUGGCCAUAUAAUACAUUCUAAAAUCUAGAUAUUCAGAAUUUAUGGGAUUAAUUUCACCCAUUGGUUGAUUUAUGGUUCUCUUUUUGUUUUGACAAACCAAUAGAUUUACACCUUUGUAAAGACCAAUACAUGACUAUAACCAAAUCAAUGAACAUGUCAGACAGUGACAUUUUCUUGAACAUAGCCUGCAUCUGUGUGCUAGUGUACAGUUAUUGCUAAUUACACUUGGGUUUGAUGAACACUUUAAAGAUCAGUGGAUUGUGAACCUUCACACCUGGCUGAAAUAUUAAUGAACAGCUUAUGGCAUUAAGAGUUAAAUUAUAGGAGAUGGAAUUGAAUACAGCUACUAUUUAUUUUCAGUUAUUAUCCAAUCAACAGCUUGUUUGGUCAACUACCAAAUAUCACACAGGCAAUCAUAACACACUCUGUUUGAGCAUGAGAUUUAGAAAUAAGCAUCAACAUCGUCCAAUUGUUUGUCUUCUUAAUUGCAUUACAAGAUCUAGGAUUGGGAUAUCAAUUAUGAAGAAGUACUCAUAGAGUGGUCUUGGCUUGAAUGUAUAAGGAUGUUCAAUAUUAGAAUGUGUUCAUUUAAAGGCUCACAAUAGUAAAAUAGUGUGGUCCUCUGUAGCUCAGCUGGUAGAGCACGGCGCUUGUAACGCAAAGGUAGUGGGUUCGAUCCCCGGGAACACCCAUACACAAAAAUGUAUGCACGCAUGACUGUAAGUCGCUUUGGAUAAAAGCGUCUGCUAAAUGGCAUAUUAUUAUUAUUAUUAAAGUGAAGCUUUAAAGUGUGAUCCCGUUUGCCUUGGAAAAAGAUGGCUCAUCAAAUAUACCAUUGCAGAAUUAGACACUGAAUAAUUAAACAUUAAGAAGAUUUUAGUGUAGAUGAACUUCAACACUUAUACAGUUUAUUUGUAUUGCAGCAUAUCUCUAUCUAUCUAUAUGGGUAGAUCACUGCUUGUUUGUUUGUGUGGUGGUAUAGGGAGAGAACAUUAGACUAUUUACAGCACAUUGAGAUCUAUACACAGACACACCACUCACCCGCUCCAGACUGUUGCCAUGGUUAUAUCAAAGCGAAGACUGAUAACUUUGAUCAAUUAUUAACUGUGAUGGAGGGAGACCGGUAGAGAAAUGGCGUGAUGAGGUGCUCUCUGUGUAGGGCGCUGUCUUUCGGAUGGGACGUUAAACGGGUGUCCUGACUCUCUGUGGUCACUAAAGAUCCCCUGGCACUUAUCGUAAGAGUAGGGGUAUUAACCCCGGUGUCCUGGCUAAAUUCCCAAUCUGGCCCUCGUACCAUCAUGGUCACCUAAUCUACCCCAGCCUCCAAUUGGCUCAUUCAUCCCCCCUCUGUAAAUGAGAGUGUGUUCUCAGUCAACUUACCUGGUAAAAAAUAUAAAUAAAAGUCUCUCACUUCCCCGUUAAUUGGCAGCUGGAACAUGAUAGGACUCAAAAUCAUUUAUGUGUCCACACACAUGCAUUAUCUCACACACGUAUCAAAUUCAUGUAUGCAACAUUUAACGCCAUGACUCAAGUGGUUUUCGGACACGUGUGAAGUUUCACAUGUACAUUUUCCAUGUGUAUUUUUUUUCAUAGUUUUUUUUUCACCACUUCCAGUCUCCCAUCCAGGACUGACCCUGCUUAGCUUUAGAGGGAAACUAACAGUGGGAUGCAGGGUGCUAUGGUGCUGGAAUGAAUGUUGCAAAACAUUUUUUUUGCGUUAAUUUAUAAUUAAUUUGCGCUCACAUUUAAAAAUGAUUUCCUUGCAAUAUUAUGUUUUGCUAUCAACAUUUUUGGGUUUAUGUUUUGGAAUACUAAGAAUGUUGUUCUCGACUUCAGAAGUUUUGUUUGAUAUUAAUGGCACAAAAGUAGCUCGCUCACUAGAGGAUUGCACCAUAUAGCAACGCUGUUACUCUAUUAAAAGUGUUUAAAGUGACAAUCCUUAAUUCAAAUAUUAACAAAGUGCCACAGUUUCGGUAAAAAGCUGAAGGAUGGAGCUGGAGAAAUGCAACCACUCUUAUAUCCAUAGACUACGCUAUGGAUGCAAGUACUGGUCAUCCAUUAUAUCAAAAUUAUAGUUUUAACUAUGUUUUCUAGGCUAUACAGUGUUUGUUUACAUUUACUUUGUUUACAAACAUUGGAGUAAAUGUGGAGUUUUCUUGCAUGUGAAACUGCAAAUUAGAUUGUCCCUUUAGAUGUGGAAUUGCAAGUGAAAAACUAUCACAUGUAAAAAAUAAAUAAAAGAUAUGCAGUUUCAUAUGUGAAAGAAAUUCUCAUUUUCACAUGUGGAAUUGCAAGUUCAUAUGUGAAAAACAAUCAUGUGAAAGUGAGAUUUUCACGUGGUUGUCUUACAUGUGAAACAGCAAAUGUGAUUUUCACAUAGUGCUGUUUUUCAUGUGUCAAACGGCAUAUACGAUUCUUACAUGUGAAAGUUUGUCAAAUUUGCGGUUUCACAUGUAAAAUAGCCGUUUUCACAUGUUGAGCUUAAAUUUAACAUGAAACCAUAUUUUCACAUGUAUUAAAUGUAGAGUUCACAUGUUAACGCCACCUUUUCAAAUGUGAGGAGAAUAACGUUUUCACCUCACAUGUAAAUUGUAGUUUGACGUGAAAUUCUGCGGUUUACAUGUGAAGUGAAAACGUUAUUCUCCUCACAUGUGAAAAGGUGGCGUUAACAUGUGAACUCUACAUUUAAUACAUGUGAAAAUAUGGUUUCACGUGAAAUUUAAGCUCAACAUGUGAAAACGGCUAUUUUACAUGUGAAACCGCAAAUUUGACAUCUGUUUUUUUUUUGUAAGGGCAGGCAUCCCCAGGAGUUCUCCAGGGCAGAGAAAAGGUUAUGACCGCCUGACAUGUUAUCAGAUGUGACAGAAUAGCAAAACGUCACUUUCUCUUCCAUUAUGAUCAAGUCGACUCGGUGGUAUCAUGAUAUCUAGAUCAUAUCAUACAAUCAAGAGACAGUAGCAAUAGACGACAACGUUUUAACACCAUUGAAAUUAACAGGCAAUUUUUGCAUCCAACACAUUUGCAUCUUGAGUGUGCUAUUUCCAUCUCGGAAAAUGAACAGAGACAAACCAACACCCAAAUUAGGGCCCAUAAUGUCCAUUGUUAAAUCACAGUUUUCCACAACCGGAUUGCUUGUGACACUCAACUGCAAUGCAUGGGAGUUCUGUCUCCUCUCUCUCCCCCUCCACAGUAAAUCAUCAUUAAACUUGUCAGGCUUAUUUAGAUGUGGCCUCAUUGAGGACUGGAAUAGGGAUGGCUUAUUGGAAACCUUGGUGACAGGCCUGUGAUGGAUAAUUUGUUCAUGAUUGGAACACCUCAAGCUUAUUUUACAUUCAUUUGAGGCUUUGAAUGUGUUCUGUUUGUGAUAUCUCCCUCCCUCUUUGUGCAUUCAUAUUUUCUUCCUAUCGCUUUUUGGACAGUGGUGGUGAAUUUUAACUCUCUCUGUGGCCAUCUUUCCUCAAAUUUUUAUACUGAAGCUCAAUAAGGCUGAAUAUGGAUCACUGUUCUGUUCGUCUUUCUGUUUCUGAUAUUCUUCUUUCUUCCUCCCUUCUCUCUCUCUGCCUCUCUCUCUACCCCUGUUCUCUACCCACCCCCGACUUCUCUCCCACAUCGAGCACCGGCGCCGCGGCGGCGCGCAGUGGCCCCCUCUUCUCCAUUAUAUCCAAAUGAGGAGCACGUAAUCGACCCCCUGCUCCGAAGCGUCCCAUAGAGCACCGCAUAUCACACGCGCCCUUACAUCUACCCUAUAUGGCCCGUAAGCUCCACGUCCUCCAUGCAGUCUCCACCGCUCUUACCUUCAUGCCCACUCUCUCCCGGUCAUCGACCAAAAACGAGCAAGUCAAGCGCAACACGAGCUCCAGGGGCAGCGACCACUAGCGCCAGGGCAGCGCCACCGCUAUAACGGAAGAGACCAGAGCUCAAUGAUCAGACGCCCCCUCUCCCGCAUCUCACAAUCUCUAACUUCACCUCCCACACAGUAAUCCGCCGUAAUCUGCCCCCGAGUAGCCAAGCAUAGCAAACAAGCGAAAGGAAUCGCCACAGCGUGAUCAAGGAAGAGCAAAAAAAAGAGAAAGGAAGAGAAAAGGCGAGAAAGGAAGAAGACAAAAGAGAAAGCGACCAAGAAGAGGAAGGAAGCGACAAAGAGAGAAGGAAGAGCCAAAGGAGAACGGCAGGACACAGAGAGGAGGGAGAGAAAAAGAGAGAAAGGAAGAGAACAAGAGCGAAUAGGAGAGAAAAAGAGAGGAAGCAGACGCACACACAAGCAGCAGAAAGGAAGAGAAAAAAAGGAAAGGAAGAGACAAAGAGGAAAGGAAGAGCCACAGCGAGCAAGCAGAGAAAAAGAGAGAAAGGAGGAGAAAAAGAGAGAACGGAAGGAAAACGAGAAAGGCAGAGAAAAAGAGAGAAGGGAAACGAAAAAGAAAAGAAGGAAGAGAAAAAGAGAGAACGAAGAGAAAAAAAAAAAAAAGAGACAAGAGAACAAAAAAAAAAAAAAAGAGAAAGCAGAAGAAAAAGAGAGAAAGGAAGAGAAAAAAGAGAAAUGGAAGAGAAAAAGGAGGAAAGGAAGAGGAAAAAGAGAGAAGAGAAAACAGAGAGAAAGGUCAUCUCCCCCUCUCUUCCUUCAUCUCCCCCUCUCUCCCUUCAUCCCCCCCUCUUUCUUUCAUCUCCCCCUAUCUCCCUUCAUCUCCCCCCCUCUCCCUUCAUCUCCCCCUCUCUUCUUUCAUCUCCCCCUAUCUCCCUCACAUCUAUGUCCCCUUUUAUCUCCCCCCAAAUCUCCUCCAUCUCCUCCUCCCUCAAUUUUCCCCCUCUCUCAUCCUCUUUCUCUCUCUCUUAGUGUGACCCGGGUGAGUCUACCAAGUUGCUCUAUGACCUGCUCUACACGGAGCCCAUCAAGACAGUCCUGAUGCCCGGCUGCAGCUCCGUAUCCACACUGGUAGCAGAGGCUGCUCGCAUGUGGAACCUCAUAGUGGUGGGUAGCUACUGUGUGUGUGUCCCAUUCUCUCUUUCUCUAUAUCUAUCUAUCUAUAUAUCUAUCUAUCUAUCUCUAUAUCUCUCUCUCUCUCUCUCUCUCUCUCUCUCUCUCUCUCUCUCUCUCUCUCUCUCUCUCUCUCUCUCUCUCUCUCUCUCGCUCUCGCUCUCGCUCUCGCUCUCGCUCUCUUGCUCUCGUAAUCUCAUUUCGCUCUUAAUUUAACCUUAAACUUUAGCCAACCUUUUUAGCCCAGUAAUUAAUUGAGAACAAAUGAAAUCUCCCUAUCUAUCCAUUUCUCUCCUUCAUGGAAAAACUAUAUCUCUUUUUGUUUUUCCAAUCUCCUCUUUACUCCCUCUACUUGUCAGCAACUAGUGCCUUGGGCCUGUCUGCUCGAUUUCCUCCUUUCUCUUCCUCUCAGCCUCCUUGUUCCCACUCUAACUGUCGAUCUCCCCCACCCCCUCUCUCUCUCUCUCUCUCUCUCUCUCUCUCUCUCUCGCUCUCUCUCUCGCGCUCUCUCUCUCUCUCUCUCUCUCUCUCUCUCUCUCUCUCACACGCGCGCACACACACACACACACCACACACACACACACACACACACACACACACACACACACAUAUAAAGGGAUCAGGCUCUUUAGUGAGUGAGUGUACACCACCACCAAUCUCCACACACUUAUUUCUGUCCCUGUUCAGCCCUUAGGAGGAGUAUCUCUCUGCAUGUCAAACAAGCCUAUCAGAGAGGGAAAACAGCCAAGGAUCAAACAGACCAGAAUCAAGGGACUUCUGGCUGCUCCAAUUGGCAGGCUGUAUUCGGAUCUCCCAUAGCCUAGCGUAGCAACUCAGUCUACAUUUAAAGGCAAUCCCAUUGACCCAAUACAAUAAAAAAGUUCAUACCGGCACAUCCUGUAAAAUGUUUUAAAACAUUUAGCAAUGGAAAACAAAAAUGUGUCUUUCUAAUUGGACUAAUCCAGUUAAUCCCUCCCUGUUUUAGUCCAUUUGGUGCAAAAUGAACACGACCCUGAAGCCACUCAUUUUGAGGCUAGUGUUUGUUUCAGGUCGUGAAAAGAGCACAUUGGAUUACUUCUCUUCUGCUUCCUGCAAAGUGGUAUUUUAUGAGCCUCUCUGUGCCCUGCCGCUUUGCUCCAUUUCGUUCUAUUUCAUUCUCCUGUGUGUGUCACCCCUAAUGCAGGAGCUAUUUUCCACAGGCUGAUACCAUCGUCCCCCUGACUGCAUCCCAUUGUGAGCUGGCAAAUUCUAUUCUACUCUACUGUCACUAGCUGUAUUGUCUGCUGUCCAUGUAUUGAUAGCUCCACUACCUCUACAUACACCCAGGGAUUUGUUAACCCUGGGACUCAAUAUUGUACAUGACAUUUGACAUUUAUCAUCAGGUCUCCACCUUCUUCUUCUCUCAUUCCCUGGUGUCAGGGGCCGAUGCUCUGAACACUAAAGUCAUAGGCAUGAUAUAUAUAGAUAUAGAAUAUUAAACCCCCCUCACCUCUCAAUUCAAUUCAAAUCAGUGCAAUAAGCUGUAUUGGCAUGGAAUACAUUAGUACUGUAUAUUGCCUGGCUGUAUAGUGUUUUGAUAGUUGUAGAAUAUAAGGAAAUACAUGUUUAUCUCCCUCCCUAUCUCCCCCUCUCUCUUUCUCAGUUGUCCUAUGGCUCCAGCUCUCCAGCCUUGUCCAACAGGAACCGUUUCCCCACCUUCUUCCGCACCCACCCCUCGGCCACCCUCCACAACCCCACCAGGGUACGCCUCUUCCAGAAGUGGAAGUGGACUAAGAUCGCCACCAUCCAGCAGACCACGGAGGUCUUCACUUCGGUCAGCUCUCUCUCUCUAUGUCUCUCUCUCUCUCUCUCUCUCUCUCUCGCUCCCUGUCUCUGUCUCUCUCUCUCUCUCUCUCUCUCUCUCUCGCUCCCUUCUCUUCUUAUCUCUCUCUCUCUCUCUCUCUCUUCUCUCUCUCUCUCUCUCUCUCUCUCUCUCUCUCUCUCUCUCUGUCUCUGUCUCUGUCUCUCGCUCUCUGUCUCUCGCUCUCUGUCUCUGUAUCUCUCUGUAUCUCUCUCUCUCUCUCGCUCUCUCUUCUCUCUCUCUCUCUCUCUCUCUCUCUCUCUCUGUCUCUGUCUCUCACUCUCCUUCUGUCUGUCUCCCCCUCCCUCUUUCUCUCUUUCUCUCUCUUACUUCCACAGCCCCUUCUUCAGUGACUCUCCCACAUCUUAAUGAGCAAAUGUGUGUGUGGGAGUGGGUGUGUGUGUGCGUGUGACUUACAGUGAGCUCCAUAAUUCAUUGGACAGUGACCAUUGUUUUGUUAUUUUGGUUCUGUACUCUAGCACUUUGAGUUUGAAAGGAUACAAUGACAAUGAGCGUGAAGUGCAGACUGUCAGCUUUAAUUUGAGGGUAUUUUCAUACAUAUCGGAUGAACCGUUUAGAAAUGACAGCACCUUUUGUACAUGGUCCCCCCAUUUUAAGGUACUACAAGUUUUUGUUAAAUUGGCUUCACAGAUGUGUGUCGUUAGGCAGGUGUAUUAAUUUGUGUCGUUAGUGAAUGCAGGAGAGCUGUUGAUGAAUAGUAAUGAUUCUAGACUUUGCUAUUGCCUUUGGAGGUUGUUAUUGGGGUGUGUGACAACAUGAGGAAGACCAGCAGUGUCGAUGCAAAUGAAGUUGGCCGUCAUAAGGCUCAGAAAUGAAAAUCAAUCAUUCAGGAACAUUGCAAAAACCCUGGCCAUGCCCAAGUCAACAGUUUUGUUCAUCAUUAACAAGAAAAAAACAACCGGUGAACUCAAUUAUGUCAAAAGACCCAGUAGACAGAGGAAGACCACUGUAGUGGAUGACCGGAGAAUACUCUCUAUGGUGAAGAAAAAACCCCUGAUAACAGCCCAACAGAUCAAAAACACUCUCCUGGAUGCAGGUGUAGAUGUGUCAAAGUCUACCAUACGCAGAAGACUACACCAGCAGGACUACAGAGGGUACACUACAAGAUGCAAACCACUGAUAAGCCUGAAGAACAGAAAGGCCAGAUUACAGUUUGCUAAAAAGCAGCUAAAAGAGCCCCAAGAGUUCUGGAAAAAAGUAUUGUGGACAGAUGAGACAAAGAUUAACAUGUACCAGAGUGAUGGAAAGACAAAAGUGUGGAGAAAAAAAAGAAAUGCCCAUGAUCCAAAGCAUACCACCUCAUCCAUGAAACAUGGUGGAGGGGGGUGUUAUGGCUUGGGCCUGUAUGGCUGCCAGUGGAACAGGCUCACUUGUCUUCAUCGAUGAUGUGACUGCAGACAGAAGUAGAACAAUGAAUUCUGAAGUCUACAGAAAUAUUUUAUCUGCUCAGAUAAAACCAAAUGCCUCCAAACUCAUUGGACGGCACUUAAUCAUGCAACAAGACAAUGACCCUAAACAUACUGCUAGAGCAACAAAGGGGUUUUUGAUGGCCAAAACGUGGAAAAUCCUUGACUGGCCGAGUCAAUCACCAGAUCUGAAUCCAAUUGAACAUGCAUUUUACAUGCUGAAGAGGAGACUUAAGGCAAUAAGUCCCCGAAACAAGCAGGAACUGAAGAUGGCUGCAGUACAGGCCUGGCAGAGCAUCACCAGGGAAGAUACCCAGCGUCUGGUGAUGGCGAUGCAUCGCAGACUUCAAGCAGUCAUUGCAUGCAAAGGAUAUGCGACCAAAUAUUAACAAUGAUUACUUUAUUCUACAUUAUGUUAAACUGUCCAAUGUUUUUUGAUGCCCGAAAAUGGGGGGGACUAUGUACAAAAGCUUCUAUAAUUCGUAAACGGUUCAUCCGAUAUGUAUGAAAAUACCCUCAAAUUAAAGCUGACAGUCUGCACUUCACCCUCAUUGUCAUUGUAUCCUUUCAAACUCAAAGUGCUAGAGUACAGAACCAAAAUAACAAAAGAAUGGUCACUGUCCAGUGAAUUAUGGAGCUCACUGUAUAUGCAGUAUGAUAGUCUUUUAAGUAUUCAAUCCCACAAUUGAUCGUGGAUUUCUGAAGUAAUUUGUUGGAAUAUUGGUGGUGAGAAAUAUUGAUCAGGCAAUACAUCUCUCUGAGUGACCGGGUGGAUAAUGUGGAGGUUAAUGAUCUCCCUCUUCCUUGAUCUUUACAUUUCUCUAUCUCUCUUCUUUCCCUACAUCUUCUCCCCUUCUUGCUUCCUCUUUUUUCUCUCUCUUUUUCUACCUCUCUCUCUGAAAUUAUCAUCCUCUUUCUCUCCCUCUGUCCUUUAUUAUCCGUUUUCCUCUUUCCUCUUUUACUCUCAUCCUCUUUCUCUUUCUCUGUCUAUUUCCAUUUCUUGUGCCUUUCCUCUCCUUUUCUCACCCCUUCCAUCUUUCUUUCAAUCUCUACCCCUCCCUUCUCUCUUUCCAUCUUCCCCAUCCCUUCUCUCUUUCGUCUUUCCUUCUCUGUUCUCUCUUCCUUCUCUCUUUCUAUCUACCCCUUCUCCUCUUCUCUUCUUCUCUCAUAUAGACUCUGGAUGAUUUGGAGCAGAGGGUGAAGGAGGCUGGGAUUGAGAUCAGUGUGAGACAGAGCUUCCUCACCGACCCGGCUGUCGCUGUCAAGAACCUCAAGGUGCUUUGAUUAAAUAUUCAAUGGGGGGCUGCUGUUGCUCUCCCCUGUUCACAGCUGCGCCUGUUAGCGAAGUGAGGUGACUUAAUACAGGAAAUGAAUGCUGGAGGCUAAUUAGCACAGCCAACUACCAGCCAGUCUGUGAAGUGCCGAGCUAGCUAGCUAGCUAGCAGAGUUGUACCAUAGAAUUGGAAUAGUCAAAGUGUAAAGGCUUGUAUCAUUAUUAUUGAACUAUGUGAAUGUAUUUUCAUUACGAUGGCUUAAAUCAUUACGCUUGCUGUCAUUGAAUAGCGCCAGGAUGCCAGAAUAAUUGUGGGGCUCUUCUAUGAGACGGAAGCCAGGAAAGUGUUUUGCGAGGUGAGUGUUUUUCCUUGUUUGACCUCAAGUUAUGUUAAGCAUUAAAUCAUUGGGCUAUUUAUAGUUAUUGACCUCCAUAGUAUCUUGAACAUCUAUCUGAAUUCAUUCUUAUUUAUACUGUGGUGAUGAUGUAGCCUUGAGAAGCAAAUCAAAUGUAUACGUAAUAAAGUUAAAAGACUAUUAAGUGUGUCAUCUUCUUCUUUACUCUCUCUGCCUUCUUCUCUCUCUCUCUCUCUCUCUCUCUCUCUCUCUCUCUCUCUCUCUCUCUCUCUCUCUCUCUCUCUGUCUGUCUGUCUGUCUGUCUGUCUGUCUCUCUCUCUUUCUCUCUCGCUCUCUCUCCCUCCAUCCUCCAGGUAUUUAAGGAGAAACUAUAUGGCAAGAAAUAUGUGUGGUUUCUGAUUGGCUGGUACGCUGAUAACUGGUUCAAGAUCAAAGACCCGUCCAUCAACUGCACCAUCGAGAACAUGACCGAGGCGGUGGAGGGCCAUGUUACCACGGAGAUCGUCAUGCUCAACCCCGAGACCGUCCGCGGAGCCUCCAACCUGGUGAGAACAUCUGGGCUGGAUCUAGCACUGAUCCAGGAACAGGUCCCCCGUGUCCAUGUAAUGUUAUUGAUUAUGAUCCGCAUUCCAACCUGGUGAGCAACAUCUGCUCUCCAUCUGGUCAUGUUGUCCCUUCAAUUUCACACGCUGCCAGCUUAGCUGUUGAUUAGCUUAAUAUACCUUCUUCUUCUACCUGCAGAGCAGUGGCUUGAUGUGCUACUGCAAUAGUACACUCUAGGGGCCCUUUAGGCUUUUCCACACCGCAUGUUCUUAGCCCAGGGCAGAGACAUAUAUUUAGACAUUUAUAUGGCUAUCCCUAAUAAAUAUUCAACUUAGGUGACAAUGGAACUCUGUGAUUGGCUAGCCCCAAAAAGCUGGCGUAAAAGCUGUCUUAGCCCUGAGCUAAGUACCUUUUGAGUUCAAAGGCUAGUAAUACGUAACCAUUUCACAGUGCUUGAGGCUCCAGUAUUGCCUAAAUCUAGUUGACCCUGAUGCAACUAACAUAGUGAUUUUAAUUAUGGAAAUGUCAUACUAAUGAGUUUGAUGGACAAUAGUUCAGAUUGAAAGCCACAUGAACGGUGACCCUCAUAUAUCAACUCCUCCCCUUCCCUAUGUCUGGUCCAAUCAGACCUCUCAGGAGUUCCUGGGGGCGUUGAUGAACCGGCUGGGGGGUAAGAAUCCGGAAGAGACGGGGGGCUUCCAGGAGGCCCCUCUAGCCUACGACGCUGUCUGGGCCCUGGCCCUGGCCCUCAACAAGACUGUGGCCCCUCUGAAGGCCAAAGGCCGCAGGCUGGAAGACUUCAACUACAACAACCAUGACAUCACAGCAGAGAUCUACCGCGCCCUCAACACCAGCUCAUUUGAAGGCGUGUCUGUGAGUACAGGAGGGAGGGUCAUCCAGUAGCAUAUACCUGGGGCAUGUUCAUUAGGGCACACAAUGUUCUAAAACCUUUUGCAAUGUAAAACGUAAAUUAGUGUUUCUUAUUAUACAAGACCAGGUAGUCCAACCCUGGUUGGAGGGUUAACACACCUCUGAUUCAACUACUAAACUUAUCAUCAAGCCCUUGGUUAGUUGAAUAUGGUGUGUUAGCAAUGGGUUGGAGCAAAAGCCUGCAUACCCUAUUUAUCCCAGGACCGGAUUGAAGAACACUGCACAAUAAAUGGUACAUGUGUAAUCUAUUUAUUGGCUCAUUCAAUAAGGCUAAAUGGAUGACAGUAGAUUUCUGACUUGAUGUAGCACUUCUUUUUCUCCUUCAGGGUCAUGUGGUGUUUGAUGCCCAGGGUUCCAGGAUGGCUAUGACCCUUAUUGAGCAACUGCAAGGUAAAAUCAUCUAUCACCAUUUCAACCAUAUUUCAGCCUUUCCUUGUUCUGGACAUCCUACAGUAGUUUUUCAUUGACAUUCUAUUGCGGUGCGACUGAAUGUCAGUCAGUCCAGUCAUUGGUCAGGAUCAUGGCCGUCUGUUGACACUUAACUUCCUUUCCAUCCAUUCUCACUCGUGUCUAUUUGAGAGCAAAGCAUUUUUGCAUGUGCAAUUAUAGGAACAUGAAACGAACUGCACAGCUAGCGCCCUAUAGCUGUGCAGUUUGUUUCAUUGUCCUAUAAUUGCACAUGCAACAUGUGUUGAUUUAUAAACGUGUGGAGUCAAGUCUUCAGUCUAAUUGGAACAGGAUCGAAGCUAAGGUGGUGGAUUAUUACUUUUCGGAGCCCUAGUGGAUGAUAAUCUUUUUUCUUCCUGCAUGCACUGGGUUGCAUUUCGCGUGCUACAGUGCUAGUGACGAGGUCGGGUAAAUUGGUUUAUACAUUGAAAGCCCUGACUUGAAUUUGUGAAUUAUUCUGUUCUAAUCAGUAUUCAUGGUUAAGGGUGCCACAUACUGUUUCUCUCACACUGUCUUUCUUUUCCUUUGGAUCUAUAUCGGUCCUUCUCUCUGUUUCGUCUCUCUCUUUGUUCCACCUUCCCCUCUUUCCUUUUUCUCUCUAUUUGUGGAUUUUAAAUUCUCUGCAAUGCACUUCGAUAGCCUUCUUUUCAUAAUGAUGUUUUGACAUUUUCAAAGUGUUCUAUUGUUUGUUGUAGUUUGAACCCAUCAUAACCCAAGGACAUUAUGUAGGCAGGAAAGAAAGAUGAUUUGAGAAGAUGUUAAUUGAACUCUCUCUCCCUCUCGCUCGCUGUGUAGGAGGCAGUUAUAAGAAGAUUGGAUACUACGACAGCUCUCAGAAGAAUCUCUCCUGGUUCGGCAAUGAUGUGUGGAUAGGUGAGGCGGAGUUGAUUACAUUGUCUUUGUCAGGCUUCCUGUGUAUGUCUCUCUGUGUGUGUGACUGUCUCACUGUGAGUCAUCUAUGUAACUAUCUAUCUCUUUCCCCUCACAUUAGACCUACUGUUACGCCUUCUCUUUCUCGAAGCCUGAGCUGCCUCCAUCCAUAAUUUCUAUGUCAGACGAAUCACCACUUCUGGCUUUAAAAGCAAUCAUUUGGACCCUGAUCCUCCUUCACCCAUAAUUAGUUUACACCCGCAGCCCAGUGACCAGACCAUGGCAGUCAGGAAAGCCUGAACCCACCCACACUUUUUCACUUUGGGGGAAGUUCAACAUCUAACACAGCCACAGAGCUUGACACAGAAAUGCUAUUACUGUUGAUUUGCUUCAGCCACCAAGACAAAUGUUGUAGUUCAGUUGUUUACUGGUCCAGCCCUCCCUUGAGAGGUGACACACUUGUGCCUGGGCUCAGACUUACUGCACUGCUAAUCAAUCCUGCAUGCUGGGAGCCCAGAGAGAGGGCACCGUUGUAGACUUUUAAGGAAAUGAUUUGUUGCCAAGGCUUAGCUUAGCCUCCAAGGGGAGCGGGGCCAAUGGGUCCAAUCAGAGACGGCUGUAUGGUGACCUGUAUCUAUCUCUGUCCUUCACAAGGCUGACUUACUGUAGGGCUGAGUUUGGUGUUCUUACUGUUCUGUAGUGUGACGAGUGAGCUUGGUGUGAUGUAGGUUUAGGGAGGUGAGGAUGGUUUGUUCCAGAGGUGAUGGAGUGGAGUCUAGUUUUCUGGAGUUUGCUAUAGAGGUGACAGAGUUGAGUUUAGUUGACCUAGACAGUCUUAGAUAAAAAGGGUUCCUUUCAGCUGUCCCCAUAGGAUAACCCUUUUUGGUUCCAUGUAAAACCCUUUUUGGUUUCAAACAUUUUGGGUUCCAUAUAGAACCCUCUGUGGACAGCCGAAGAACCAUUUUAGAUUCUAGAUAGCACCUUUGUUCUAAGAGUGUAUAGUAACAGAGGUGAGUCUAGUUUACUGGAGAGUUACAGCCCAAUGUGCAAAAACUGAUUGAAUUAACGUUGUUUCCACAUCAUUUCAACAACAUCAACAAACAUGUGAUGACAUUGAAUCAAUGUGGAAAACUCAUGGAUUUGCAAAAAGUCAUCAACGUUUUUUCACCCAACUUUUAACCUAAAUCCAGUGACAUGGUGAAAUUAUUUUUGAUUUCAUGUUGAAUUCACGUUAGUUGACAACUCAAUCAAAUGUAAAUCAAAACUAGAUGUUGAACUGACGUCUGUAACCAGUGGGAGAGGUGAGGUUAGUUUGAUAUAGAGGUGACGGAGUUGAGUUUGUUUUGUUAUAGAGGUGACGGAGGGGAAUCUAGUUUGCUAUAGAGAUGAUGGAGUUGAGUUUAGUUUGUUCUAGAGGUGACGGAGAUGAGUUUAGUUUGUUCUACAGGUAACGGAGGUGACUUUAGUUUGUUCUUAAGGUAACGGAGGUGAGUUUAGUUUGUUCUUGAGGUAACAGAGGUACGUUUAGUUUGUUCUUGAGGUAACGGAGGUGAGUUUAGUUUGUUCUUGAGGUAACAGAGGUACGUUUAGUUUGUUCUUGAGGUGACGGAGGUGAGUUUAGUUUGCUGUAGAGUGACAGAGGUGAGUUUAGUUUGUUCUACAGGUAACGGAGGUGAGUUUAGUUUGUUCUUGAGGUAACAGAGGUGAGUUGGGUCUGCUGUAGAGGUGAUUGUUGUCAGUCUCUUAACUUAACUCUCCUGUUCUCCAUUCUGUUUACCCCUUGUCGUCUUCCUCCCUCACUUUCUCGCUCUUUUCACAUUCACCCCUAACAACCACUUCAGCUCAGCUUUCUUCCUAAUCGCUGUGGCAACUGUUACAGAGCUCGGUCUCCAUGGCAACACCCUGUCCUGAUUCCUUGAUCAAGGACGGAGGAAGGUUUAAACAGUGCAAACACACCAGCUGACAGGGCAGUGCUUUCUCUCUCUUCAAUGCACACAAAAACACACACACAUCUUCAAUCAGCCGUCACUCUGUUCGCAGACAGGAUGUCUCAGAUGUCACUUCAUGCAAAUCGGUGGUGUGAUAUCGCAGAAACCGUCAAAACAAAUGUGGGCGCCCUGGUAUUGUGACACCCCUGGGGCUCGACACUGUGUCACCCUCUUCCUGACAUGGACACGUCACCACACACUGACACAAGUCCACUGUCACUUUCACCAACCCUACUUAAGGACACAGUGACAACCACACUCUGAGCAGCUGUCAGGAUCUGCAGGCAGGGCUGGAUUUAGACAGACAGGAGGAAACACAGGGAAAACAGAGAGACAGAUAAAGUCAGUCGCUGCACUUUCAACCAUCCCCAACCUUGAAAGAACCAAUGCCUAUUUUUUGGUUACUUUUUAAUUAUGCACAUGUUUUCAGAUAAUUAGGGUGAACACUCUCAACUUCUGUACCUGGUUGGUCAUUGAAUUAAAUCAGUGAGAGCAACACAAUGUUGUAUACUGGUUACUGUGCAAAUUGAUUGUGCCAAUUUCAUUUGAUCCUUUAGGUUAAUAUCUGUAGAGGUUACUGAGCAUAGGGCCCUCCCUGAUUUUCAAAUUCUGACUUUGAUCUUAAUUCAAAACAUAGACUGUCCUUUUCUGAGUGACAUCAAGUACAGUACAGUAGACAGGCCUAAUCUGCCCUUAGACCUGUCUGUCUCUUUAAGGCAUGGAUGGACUAACCUCUGUCCUGCCACUCUCUCUCUCUCUCUCUCUCUCUCUCUCUCUGUCUGUCUUACGCUCUGUCUCUCUGUCUCUCUUUCUCUACCUCUCUGUCUCUCUCUCUCUCUCUCUCUCUGCCUUUCUCUCUCUCUGCCUUUCUCUCUCUCUGCCUUUCUCUCUCUCUGCCUUUCUCUCUCUCUCUCUCUUUCUCUCUCUCUCUCUCUCUCCUCUCUCUCUCUCUAUUUCUCUCUCUCUAUUUCUCUCUCUUUCUCUCUGUCUUUCUCUCUCUCUCUCUCUGUUCAGGCGCUGGGCCCCCGGCUGACUCGACAAUAGUCAUUGAGGAGUUUAGGUACCUCUCUCAGAAGCUGUUUGCUGCUGUGUCUGUCUUCGCUGGUCUGGGCAUCCUCCUGGGCAUCGUCUGUCUGACCUUCAACAUCUACAACAGCAACGUCCGGUAAGAUUAUAACUUUAUUUCUCCUCCAGCACAUUUAAGCAACCCUUUGGCUAGAGCUAGCAAUUCAUCAUCAACAAUUCAUCAUCAACAAUUCAUCAUCAAUACUCAUCAUCACUGGCAAUCACGCUGGGUCGAGUAUGAUUGUCCUCCUGGUGGGUCCUGCUUGUACUGUGGGCAAGUGAUAUUCACGUUUAUGUGGACAUAUGUCAUAACACUUGGCAUAACUGUCUCCAAUCUAUGCAAAAUGCCUUGUCACUUGGCGUUCAGUGACAAAAGAUGUAAUGUUUAUGACAUUAUUUUGAUGCUGUUAGGACAUAUAGUUCCAAUAAAGUACCGACAGUGCAUGUGAAACAGUCCCUUUGUGGGUUUUGUCUAUAUUCUCUGGCCUUUCUUCAUACCCUCUUUGUGUAUGUUGUGCCAGGUACAUCCAGAACUCCCAGCCCUACCUGAACAACAUGACAGCAGUGGGCUGUAUGAUGGCCCUGGCUGCUGUGUUUCCCCUGGGGAUCGACGGACACCACAUCCACAGGUCCCAGUUCACUGUGGUCUGUCAGGUAACAUAGCUAAAGCCAUGGGAAUGGGUUGUUGUCGCCAUGUUCUAGUGCUAGAGUAGAUGGAUGUGCUGUAAUGGCUUGUCAGGAGAAAUUCUUUGUCUCUCUGCCUCUCUCCAUUUCUCGUAUUCCUUAUCUCUCUCCUUAUUUCUUCUCUCUCUCUCUCUCUCUCUCUCUCUCUCUCUCUCUCUCUCUCUCUCUCUCUCUCUCUCUCUCUCUCUCUCUCUUCUCUCUCUCUCUCGCUCUCUCUCUCUUGUCUCUCAUUAUCAAUUCAAUUGUUGCUUUAUUGCCAUAACAAAAAUUGCAUUUGUAUUACCAAAGCAUCAAAAAAGUACAAUAUUUAAUCAACAAAAUCUCCCUCUCUCCCUCUCUGUCUAGUUCCGUCUGUGGCUGCUCGGCCUGGGCUUCAGUCUGGCCUAUGGCAGCAUGUUCACCAAGAUUUGGUGGGUACACAAUCUCUUCACAAAGAAGGAGGAGAAGAAGGAGAAGAGGAAGGUAAGCCUUUGAGGAGGGCCGGAGGAUGAAACGGGGAAGCUCCAGAGUCUACAUUACUGAAUGUGUGGUGCUGGCAGAUAAAAAAAUCCCCCUAAACUUUACAGUAAGGUUACAUAAGCCGCUGGGAGAUGUGCUUUGCUCUGCAUGUUAAAGUAUCUCGGUAUAUCCUACUGUGGGAUAUACUGCAGUAGAGUAGAGUAGAGUAGAGUAGAGUACAGUACAGUACAGUACAGUACAGUACAGUAGAGUACAGUACAGUACAGUAGAGGAGAAUAGAGUACAGUAGAGUAGAGUAGAUUAGAGCAGAGUAGAAUAGAGUACAGUACAGUACAGUAGAGUAGAGUAGCGUACGACAGGCUUGAAACAGAGACGGGAGUCACACAGACACACGUACGCGCACACAAAUGCAUGCGCACGCGCACACACACACACACACACACAAACACACACACACACACACACACUCAUACAGAGCGAUACCGACACACACACACUCAUACCCGUGAUGCUCAUACUAUCAGCUUGAUUACGUAUGCACGACUUGCACGUGUGUCCUCUCUAAGAUAGUGUGUCCUGAAGCUAGGGAGAUACUGCAAGUGUGCGAUGUGUUGUGGGAAUUCUUCUAAGACCUAAUCAGAAGAAUGAGAGAUUAAGCCAUUAUGGAAUAUUUAUGAAUAUGUAUGAGUAUUAAAGUUCUAUGUAGAAAUCCAACCUUCGGGGGCUUUAUUAGUUGAGCCAAUGCAAGACGAAUCAGAUUGACUUUCAACUGUCUUUAAUGGCCAUGCAAGGGCAAUUUGCCAAAGAGCUGUGAAAGUACUUUAAAAAGUUUCCAAGUCAGAAUAUGGCAAGACUAGUGAAGGCUGUCAAAUCAUUUCAUGCACUUGGAGAGAAGAGGUGACAAGGGCUAUGUAAUACGGUUUGGUUAUUGGGUGAACAGUUGCAGGGCUAGAAGGAAGCCAGAAUGAAGUGAUGGAAAAUGAAGGAGCAUGUUGUUGAUUUUGCUCAUAUUAUUUUGGGGCCACAUUUCUUCUUGAUAUGUUACUCAUUCAAAAAACACUGUCAUGUUGUGCAUAUAGCAUCCACUGCCUAGUAACUAGUCAAAUUACACUUAGAAUAUUUGAACAUUAUUGUCUAAAUGCCAAUUAAUCUAUGUGUGCUUUAUUUAACCAGGGGAGCCCAUUGACAUAUUAAUCUCUAUUUAAAGGGAGCUCUGAUAACUUAAGUAUUCUGUGCUGAUACACAUAUACAAUACUGUACUCGGUUGGCAGUUUAUCUACUGUAUGCUUGAACCCAUUUAUCCUUGUUUGUGGACUCACUGCAUUGCCCUUGGUCCUUGGAUUGUGAUUGGUUCUCCUGUAUCCCUGCAGCACCUGGAGCCAUGGAAACUCUAUGCAACAGUUGGAGUGUUACUAGCCAUAGACGUCCUGUCACUCAUGAUUUGGCAGAUUGUGGAUCCUUUACACAUCACAGUGGAGGUACAGUGACACUGUCAUAUCAGUCCUAUACAGUGCCACAAUACACCAUAAUGACAAAGUGAAAACAUGUUUUUAGAAUGUUUAGCAAAUUUAUUGAAAAUGAAAUACAGAAACAUCUCAUUUACAUAAGUAUUCACACCCCUGAGUCAAUACUUUGUAGAAGCACCUUUGGCAGCGAUUACAGCUGUGAGUCUUUCUGGGUACGUCUCUAAGAGCUUUCCACACCUGGAUUGUGCAACAUUUGCCCAUGAUUCUUUUCAAAAUUCUUCAAGCUUUGUCAAAUUGGUUGUUUAUUAUUGCUAGACAUCCAUUUUCAGGUCUAGCCAUAGAUUUUCAAGCAGAUUUAACUCGGCCAUUCAGAAACAUUCACUGUCUUCUUGGAAAGCAAUUCCAGUGUAGAGUUGGCCUUGUGUUUUAGGUUAUUGUCCUGUUGAAAAGUGAAUUCAUCUCUCAGUGUCUGGUGGAAAAAAUAUUGAACCAUGGUUUCCUCUAGGAUUUUGCCUGUGCUUAGCUUCCAUUUCUUUUUUAUCCUGAAAAACUCCCCAGUCCUUAAUGAUUAGAAGCAUACACAUAACAUGAUGCAGCCACCACUAUGCUUGAAAAUAUGGAGAGUGGUACUCAGUAAUGUGUUGUAUUGGAUUUGCCCCAAACAUAACACUUUGUAUUCCUGAGUGGCGCAGUGGUCUAAGGCACUGCAUCGCAGUGCUAACUGUGCCACUAGAGAUCCUGGUUCGAAUCCAGGCUCUGUCUUAACCGGCCGCGACCGGGAGUCUCAUGGGCGGCGCACAAUUGGCCCAGGGUAGGGGAGGGAAUGGCCGGCAGGGAUGUAGCUCAGUUGAUAGAGCAUGGCGUUUGCAACACCAGGGUUGUGGGUUCGAUUCCCACGGGGGGCCAGUAUAAAAAAAAAAAUGUAUUCACUAACUGUAAGUCGCUCUGGAUAAGAGUGUCUGCUAAAUGACGUAAAUGUAUUCAGGACAAAAGUUUAAUUGCUUUGACACAUUUUUUUCAGUAUUACUUUAGUGCCUUGUUACCAACAGGAUGCAUGUUUUGGAAUAUUUUAUAUUCUGUACAGGCUUCCUUCUUUUCACUCUGUCAAUUAGGUUAGUAUUGUGGAGUAAUAACAUUGAUGAUCCAUCCUCAGUUUUCUCCUAUCACAGCCAUUAAACUCUGUAACUGGUUUAAAGUCACCAUUGGCCUCAUGGUGAAAUCCCUGAGUGAUUUCCUUCCUCUCCGGCAACUGCGUGUGUUGUGACUGGGUGUAUUGAUACACCAUCCAAGUGUAAGUUUAUAACUUCACCAUGCUCAAAGGGAUAUUCAGUGUCUGUUUUUUUUCAUUUUUACCAAUCUACCAAUAGGUGCCCUUCUUUGUGAGGCAUUGGAAAACCUCCCUGGUCUUUGUGGUUGAAUCUGUGUUUGAAAUUCAGUGCUCAACUGAGAGACCUUACAGAUAAUUGUAUGUGUGGGGUACAGAGAUGAGGUAGUCAUUCAAAAAUCAUGUUAAACACACAGAGUGAGUCCAUGCAACUUAUUAUGUGACUUGUUAAGCACAUUUUUACUACUGAACUUAUUUAGGCUUGCCAUAAAAAAGGGGGUUGAAUACUUAUUGACUCAAGAUAUUUCAGCUUUUCAUUUUAUAUUAAUUUGUAAACAUUUCUUAAAACAUAAUUCCACUUUGACAUCAUGGGGUAUUAUGUGUAGGCCAGUGACCAAAAAUCAAAAUGUAGUCAAUUUUAAAUUCAGGCUGUACACAACAAAAUGUGGAAAAAGUCAAGGGGUGUGAAUACUUUCUGAAGGCACUGUACUCUAUGUGGUAUUAGCUUUCGUAUGUUAGCACUGUCACAUUUGUCUGGUGUUCAACAAAAUAUUAUUGCUUUGAUGUCAGUCAUCUUAUUGUUCCUUGACUUUCUACUUGUCAGUUUUAAAGUUAAUGAAUUGCGGAUAUCACAACGGAAUGUCUUUCACUCUGUCUCACGUUCUCUCUCACUUUCCCUCUCACUUCCUCUCUCCCUGUCUCUCUCUCUCUCUCUCUCUCUCCCUCUCUCUCUCUCUCUCUCUCUCUCUCUCUCUCUCUCUCUCUCUCUCUCUCUCUCUCUCUCUCUCUCUCUCUCUCUCUCUCUCUCUCUCUCUCUCCUCUCUCUCUCUCUCUCUCACUUCCUCCCCCGUCCUCUCUCUCUGAGUAGAAGUUCACUAGGGAGGCCCCUAAAGGAGACUUGGAUGUCCUGAUUCAGCCCCUCCUGGAGCACUGCACCUCAGAGAAGAUGAACACAUGGCUCGGUAUCCCGCCUCUAUUCCCUACUCCUUCUGUCUUAUCUGUACUUCUCUCUCUCACUCCCUCAAUCCCCAGUCCAUUCAUUGUAAAUUAAACGCUCCUCGUAUCUCAGCCCCCCACAUUAGCUCUUUCUGUAAUUAUUUGGCCUUUUUUCACAUUCUCUCUCUCUCUCUCUUAUUCUGUCUCUCUGUUUCUCUCUCUCGCUCUUUUUUUUGUCUGACCCCAGUUUUUCCUCCCCUCCUCUCACUCACUCUAGUCAGUCAUCCCCUGCCUUUAUCUUUCCCUCAUAUGCUUUCAUUUUUAUCUUCCCCUUUCAUCUGUUUUUCUCUCACUAUCGCCAGGCUCCCUCUCAUCCUGACAGUGGCAGCACUUCUGAAUGCAUAAUACUGUCAAAUUCAAAUAAUAUGGGUCACAAACUGUGCCAUUGCCCCAUAGCAUUCCCUCUCUGUGCUAUAAAAAUAUAUUGUCACCCCACUGAGCGAUGUAAUGAAAGAACAAUGGACACUUGGACAGAAGAAAUAAAGGGGGAAUAUGCAUUACCUUCAGUCAACUGCCUAACAUCACUCCAUCGUCUUUGCCUUCCAUCUCUCUCUCUCUCUCUCUCUCUCUCUCUCUCUCUCUCUCCUCUCUCUCUCUCUCUCUCUCUCUCUCUCUCUCUCAUUCUGUCUCUCUCUCAUUCUGUCUCUCUCUCCCACUUUCUCUCUCUCUCUCUCCCUCCCUCUCCCUCUCUCCACCAGGUGUAGUGUAUGGCUACAAGGGACUGCUGCUGUUGCUGGGGAUAUUUCUGGCCUACGAGACCAAGUCUGUUUCCACGGAGAAGAUCAAUGACCAUCGAGCUGUGGGGAUGGCUAUUUACAACGUGGCUGUGAGUCUCAACCGUCACAGGGGGAGUGCUCUGGUUUCCACUCUGCAUUUUAGCCAGUCCAUCGAACGAAUGAUCUCAAAGCAACAAUUAACUAUUGGUAGAAAGAUAGCAGGGGCUAGACAUGGUCUCUGUGUGGACAUGAGAUUCAAUGAUUCGUUAGUGCAUAAUGAUAACAUACUGCUAAGACUCGUUAUUUCUGGUAAGCAUGUGCUCAUACAUUUAUUUUUGGCGCUAAAGCAAAACGUUAGUGCUAUACUUAAUCAUUUGAAUUUGAUUUGAAUCGGUGAAUGAUCAUCACCAAUAGAGGUAUUUAAGCUUCACUUGAACUGAUAUAGCAGCGGUAACAUACAGUACCAUUUCACCAUCUAGGUGUUGCAAACAAGUAGCCAUAGUCAUUCAGUAACCCUCACACAGGUGGAAUCCUCCUCACACAGGUGAGAACAUCCAGGAAAUGUCUGGUAACGUAGGCUAUUGCUGGAACAAACCACUGCUCUUAUACAGGCAGAAAUAGUAAACAACUGUAGCUUUAGCCUGGGUUUCUAUUUUUGCUCAACAAUGUGCAAACAUUUUAGUACUCUCUGAACAAUGAUUUACAUAAUUGCUCGGAACUUGCCCAGAUUCCCAUCUCAAAACAGCUUCAUGAGGAACCGAAAACACUCACGACUGCAAACCACCCACAGUUUUACAUCUUUUCACUGCGCAUUUGCUGUGGGGCGGUUACGCAAUUAUGAAAUACAUACUGUCAAUUUUUUUUACAAAGCAGAGGAAAGAACAUUUAAUGAUGAAACAUUAAUUUUCAUCAUUACACACAGCUAUGCAUCCGGACAAAUCCAUGUUAGAUGUUUUUAUGCAAUUUUGAUUAUUUGAUAUUUCGCGUAAUUAUGCUCAAGAAAAGAUACUCCAUACAUAAUGUGCCACAGGUAUGAGUUUCUGUAAGUCUUCACAAGUUUACAACAACCAUUUGCAAUGCUUUUAUCCAAGCGACUUCAGAGCGUGAUACUUUUUGGGGUGGUCCGGGGAUCAAACGCCCAACUACCCUAGCUGUUAAGCGCCAAUACAUUACCAAUUGAAUCUAAAGAAGACCACAAAAUGUAUUCUGGAUUUAUUGUAUCUAUCAAAUGGCUCCUGUUGGGAAGCUAUUUGUAAGGCCUCAUGCUUUUAGUGAUGGAGUGCACAUAUGGUGCUGACUAACAUCUUAUUUCCCCACUUAACUUUUUUAUGUGUUUCAAUGGGAACUCGUGGGAAAGAAAGCAUUUUGCGACAUCUUUAUAGAUCUUAUGUUCCCUAAACUCAGCUCAUCCGACAGGAAGUUAACUUUGUUUCAUCAUUUGAUCUAUCUCUUAUAUUUCGGGUUUGCUCUAAUAAUCGAUACAAUUCCCUACAUAAAUGGUCCCCUAUAGGAAUCUUAAAUUCAAUUUUUUAUCUAAAAAUCGUCCUUGUUACUUCUAAGGCUUCUAUUGGAUGAUUGCUCGAUGGUACUGCUAACCUGCUACCUCAUCUAUAACUUUUUAAUGAUGUUUUCAUAUGGGGAACCUCGUUGGAAUGAUAAGCAGUUGCCAACCGCUUUUUUAGAUCUUAUUUCCCUCACUCGCCUCUCCCUUGAUAGUUACCUCUUUGUUUCUCUCUCUCUCUCUCUCUCUCUCUCUCUCUUCUCUCUCUCUCUCUCUCUCUCUCUCUCUCUCUCUCUCUCUCUCUCUCUCUCUCUCUCUCUCUCUCUCUCUCUCUCUCCCCUUCUCUUCCCUCUCUCAUCCUCUCUAUCCCCCCUUAUUUCUUCCUCUCCUCUCCCACACUCUCUCCACCCCGUCUCUACAGGUGUUGUGCAUGAUCACGGCUCCCGUCACUAUGAUCCUCACGUCACAGCAGGACGCUUCCUUUGCCUUUGCCGCUCUGGCCAUAGUGUUCUCUGUCUACAUCACCCUGGUGGUGCUCUUUGUGCCCAAGGUACAGUAUACUAUAUAGAAUAGGCUUGUGUCCCAAGUGGCACCCUAUUCCCUUUAUAGUGUGUUACUUUUGACCAGGGCUCUGGUCAAAGUAGUGCACUAUAUAGGGAAUAGGGUGCCAUUUGGGACGUAGCCUAGGACUCUGAGUCAUUUAGCAGCGGUACACUUUCCAUUUUUAUUGAACCACACGAAACUUGCAUCAGCACUCGAAACAAAGUCUCAAUACUUUCUUCAAUGUUUAACAUUUCCAAAUUCACAUAUUUACAGAAAAUGGUCUUCUCUGUCUCUCUGGCUGUGUAGAAUAAAGUUAUAUUCUAUUCUAGAUGCGCAGGCUGAUUACACGUGGUGAGUGGCAGUCGGAGCAGCAGGACACGCUGAAGACCGGCUCGUCCACCAACAACAACGAUGAGGAGAAGUCUCGCCAGCUGGAGAGAGAGAACCGUGAGCUGCAGAAGAUCAUACAGGAGGUACAGUACUCACCUUAGCUAUCAACAGAAUCACAAUACAUCUAGAUUUAAAUAUGUCUAAUACGUAUAAAAUACAUCUGAAUAUUGGAACUAGUAACCAAUCAUUCAACCAAUCUUUAUCAUACAGGUGGUACUACAAUACACACUCACUUUGAUACCUUCGCUAUCAAAAUAUAAUCAAAAUGCAUCUAUUAAAAUACAUCUAAUAUGCCUUUUUUUAAUCUGAAUUAUUUGACCUAGCAACCAACCAACCAAAUCUUUCCAAUCAUUCAUUUGUUAUUACCUUUAACUAAGAGAUACAUUUGGUUUGAUUAAUAAAUGAUGAAUACAUGUCUAAUUCAUUCUCAAUUAAUGCUUAAUAAAUGAUUCCUCUUUACCCAUGUGUGUUCUGUAUUAAUAAGACCUCUCCCUCUUCUGUGCUCUCAGAAAGAGCAGAGGGUAUCGGAGCUCCGCAACCAGCUGGUUGAGAGACAGGCCCUGCGCAACCGACGACGGCCCUCAUCCGGCACCAACCAGAACCACAGCACCCCGUCCCCGCCCUCUUCCCAGCCAGACCCCAAGUCUCUCCUGCCCCCUCCCGGGUUACCCCAACCCCGCGUCGGACAAUCACUCCUCCUUACCCCCCUCCUUCUCCAACUCCUCCAACCUGUACCAGGCGGACAGCAAAAUAAGUCGCAACCACUGUCACAACAGCCAGAUCCCCCUGCUUUACAAGUGAGGGGGUGGGGGGCGGGGCGGUAGAAGAGCCCAGAGCACACGGAGGAACGAACACACAUGGAGGCACUGUGACUUUCACUUGUUAUGGAAAAAGAGCACAAGCUACUGACAUUGACAGAGUGAGAGGAGGCACACGAUGACGGAGGGCUUUUCCUUUCACUACAGGCUACUGUGAGGAGAGCCACCCGGGUAACACCAGUCUGUCUCAUUGUGUGAACCUGAAGCGCUUGUGACUAGUAAUACGAGUUAGAGAAUAAGAAACAAGCACAUCCCAGAUUAACCCUCAGUCUACUUGUGGAGACAGAAAAUGGACAGAUCUCCCUUUUUCACUCCUCCUCUUUCCUUCUUCCCUUUGUUUGUUUUCACGUUCUGUUGUGCAGAUGUAUCUAGGAUCUCCGGGAGGGCUUUGUGUACUGUGUGUGUUUGCUACUUUUUGACUCCCGUAUCUGCAUAUUUGUCUUCAGUUUGUUGAAAUAGAGAAGCACAUGGUAAUUGAUUAAUAUUGUUAUUACAUAAUGUAUGAUAUGUUAUGUCAUGGAUUCAAUGUUAUGCUCUAUAUUUAGUUCAAUAUUUUGGGGGGUAAAGGGGUGGAAACUGUUCAAAUGCAAUGAGAGUGGGAAAAAACAGCACAGUUUCCCAGUGGAUUCAAUACGUUGGAUUUCAUAUCAAAACACCAUCUAAACUCAAAGUGCAAAGUUAUCCUAACUGAAAGUGAAAUGCCUACAUUAUAGCCAUAUACAGUAGAGGGUAUUGGAAUGGACACCCUCAUUUUGGGACAAUAGCAAGAUUUUUGUGGAUGUUUUGCUGUAUACAUAUUCAAGUACAGCUUUGUAUCUUCAAUCACAUUUUUGCUGUUGUAUGCUCUUGAAUAUAUGAAACCCAUUUGAUAAGAAAAUAGUGUAAUAUGAUAUCUAGAUUAAUACGUUUUUUCAUUGUAUCAUCCUUUUGAAAGUUUUCAAUUGGACUUGAAUUGAUAUGUUCCCACAAUUGGAAUUUUAUUGGACACAUCAUAGAUAUUCAAAGGAAGCACACCCUACUGAAGACUUAAAUGGCAUAUUAUAUGCAUCAUUCUUCCAAGCCUUUUUAUUUUGUUUGUCAAUAACUCUGUUUUUCCCUAAAGACAAUCUGAAUAUAAAUGUAAAUGUGAGUGUACAUGCCUGUCACCCGUUGGUCUUAUAUUUGACAUUUAUUUCGAAUUUCCCCUCAGAUUUUAGCUUUGUACAACUACAUUUGUGAAUGUGAUGCCGAAGAAUAUAUGUAACAGUAUAUGUAAAGGAUUCUGACAUGCUUAUACAACAGUUAAUAUAUAUGGACAAUCUCAUUCAUUAACAAUUCAUCAAAAUGUAUGAAGCAAUGAUAUAACACAGCUUUAUUGGCAAGUAACGUAAGUGACGUUACUUUGCCAAAUAGCAUUAUCUCAUGUUGCACUAUAGUUCAAGACAAAACAAUGUUUCAGGUCAUGAUUUUGUUGCCGUUCUAAUAACAUACUGUAGCUCAGGGUAUAGGAAAGUGAGAGAUACAACCUCUCCAUAGGAAGUUAUUGGAUGAAAUAGUCAAUAUUUAUUAACUGUACAUGGAUGAGAUUGUGUAAUAUAUGUAUGCGAAGAUUAUUUAGAGAAAUAUACUCUUGCACAUGUA